AUAGACGGGCACGAAGCUAACUGUCACUGCUAGCUUACCGUAAAUAUUAGCAGAAGGGGAAAAGAAGUGAAUGACUACAAUUAACUGCAAGUCAUUAUCAAACAUGACAAAACAAGUUUAGGGGGGCGGAGUCAGUCCGCAGUCUUUAAUACAGAUGCGCUGGUGCGUGUCGGGCUGCAGUCGGGAAAAGAAAAAGAAGAAAGAAGAGGAAGAAGAGGAAGCAGCGGCGGCGACGACACGGGACAGGAAGACAGAGAAGAAGAACGAGCAACAAAUCCGUCAUCCAUCAUCAUGACCACAGCUGCAGACACUUACGACGUGAUCGUCAUCGGUGCUGGGAUUUCAGGUCUAAGCGCAGCCAAGUUGUUAAAGUCUCAUGGUCUGAACCCUGUUGUGCUGGAGGCCAGGGACCGUGUCGGUGGUCGAACCUUCACUGUUCAGAAUAAGGAGUCAAAGUGGGUGGAUCUGGGCGGAGCAUACGUCGGACCCACUCAGAACCGCAUCCUGCGAUUGGCACGGGAAUACGACGUCAAGACCUACAAAGUCAACGAAAAGGAGAACCUUGUGCACUAUGUUAACGGAAAGUCGUACCCCUUUAAAGGUUCAUUCCCUCCCUUCUGGAACCCUUUGGUUCUGCUGGACUUUAACAACCUGUGGAGGACGAUGGACCAAAUGGGAAAAGAGAUUCCCAGGGAAGCUCCUUGGAGAGCUCCUCAUGCAGAGGAGUGGGACAAAAUGAGUAUGCAGCAGCUCUUUGAAAAGAUUUGCUGGACCAGAACUGUUCGCCGCUUCGCCACGCUCUUCAUUAACGUGAACGUGACCUCUGAACCCCACGAGGUGUCUGCGCUGUGGUUCCUCUGGUACGUGAAGCAGUGCGGAGGAACCAUGAGGAUCUUCUCCACUACCAACGGAGGGCAGGAAAGGAAGUUUGUGGGUGGUUCCGGUCAGAUCAGCCAGUGCAUGGCCAAGGAGCUGGGCGACCGAGUGAAGCUUCAGUCUGCAGUUUACAGCAUCGACCAGACGGGGGAGCUGGUGGCGGUGGAGACGCUGAGCAAACACAUCUACAAGGCCAAGUAUGUGAUCAUAGCGACCCCUCCUGGCCUGAAUCUGAAGAUGCACUUUAAUCCCGAGCUGCCCCCGCUGAGGAACCAGCUGAUCCACCGGGUACCUAUGGGCUCAGUCAUCAAGUGUAUGGUUUACUACAAAGAGAACUUCUGGAGGAAGAAAGGCUACUGUGGCAGCAUGGUGAUCGAGGAGGAAGGAGCUCCCAUAGGUCUGACCCUGGACGACACAAAGCCUGAUGGGACUGUUCCUGCCAUCAUGGGAUUCAUUCUGGCUCGUAAGUGUAGAAAACUGUGUGACCUAACCAAAGAGGAGAGACUGAAGAGAAUCUGUGAGAUCUACUCCAAGGUUCUCUGCUCGGAAGAAGCUCUGCACCCUGUGCACUACGAGGAGAAAAACUGGUGUGAGGAGGAAUAUUCCGGAGGCUGCUACACGGCCUACUUCCCUCCCGGAAUCCUCACACAGUUCGGCCGGGUGUUACGGGAGCCUGUGGGUCGAUUGUAUUUCGCAGGAACAGAAACAGCAUCGGAAUGGAGUGGCUACAUGGAAGGUGCCGUUCAGGCCGGAGAGAGGGCAGCGCGAGAGGUCAUGUGCGUGAUGGGUAAAAUCCCCCAAAGUCAGAUCUGGCAGUCCGAACCUCCGUGUGAGGAAGUUCCUGCUUUCCCGUUCAUUACCACCUUCUGGGAGCGUAACCUUCCUUCAGUUAAAGGCCUAAUAAGGUUUUCAGGAGCCUCGGCCCUUCUCUGCGCAUUAAGCGUUGCGGGAAUUGUGGCGUAUAAGAAGGGCCUCUGCCCCCGGUGCCGCUAACGCUGCUUUGCUCUUCAGAACCUCCGCAGGAGACCACAGAGUUCUGACCUACGGGAUGUGGUGUGAGGUUAUGUAUUUUUUUUUUUUUUCUCUUCCUGGUUUUUACGGUAUAUAAUAUAGGUGUACGGCCAAGAAAGAGACAGUCUGGGGUUUAAAGACUGUCUCAGACGCUGAUUCAGAUUCGAUUCAAGUCAAAAUGGAUAGAGAGGUCAGGAUGACGUUGGUAAAAAUGUCUGAGAAAGAUUUUAGAAAUAUCACUCACAUAUGAUUAUUAAACCCAUAGAUUAGUGCGUGCGUGCAUGCGUGUUUACCUCUGCUGAUUUCUGGUGCUGGUUUUCUCUACAUUAGCAGGUGUAUGUCUGACAUCGAGCAGGUGCGUUUGGUCAACCAAUCCCUUGAAACAACAAAAACCUUUCCCUUGAACAUUUUACACCAUACAGACUGUUUUCUAGACCCGAGCGAGGAUUUUCAAGCCGGGUCCCAACCAUCCGAACCAAAACCGACCCAGUUGCCCCCUGGCCCCUAGUGGACAUCCAUCACAGCACAGAUAGCAUUGUCUUAAUGCUAGUCUACAGAUUGAAAUGAAUGACAAAAAUAUAAAUACAUUUCAAAAUGUAUAUUUUCCUCUGUCAACACAGCUAUAGCUGUUAUGAGUUAGACUUUCCAGUAGAUGGCGAUAGCGAGCUAUGUCAAACAUUUUAAUAAGAAAUGAAUAGACACCCCACCCCGCCCUGCGGAAUUGGGGCCCUAUGCACUGUGAAUGUUCACCGGAAGUACGUACUGCUCCUAUGGCGCAGUACAGGCUGUCAGUCACAGGGUGUCACUGUGUAUGGUGAAAACGGACACAUUUUUUUAACAGUAAACGGAUGUGUAUUUAUUUUAUUUUAUUCAAAUGAAAAGCAGGUUUAAGGCUUUGGCAAGUUUUUAAAAAAAAAAAAUAAAAAAUUUUAAUUUGUAAAAACACUCAUGGUCAGUUUUCAUGGGAC